CUUCGCUCAACGUUUUUGUUUUAAGGGUCCUGCUGCUGGUAAAACAAGUGAACACAAAAUGGAAAUGGCAGGCCUUACAUUGAGCGUUUUAUGUCUUCUUUUUGCUUCAGCAACAAGCACAGAGUCACCGCCCAGGCAACUGAAUACGGAAAACAUCCUGAUCAACGUGACAGCAGGGACUUUGGCGGAUACAGAGUUACACGAUUCCAACAACUUGCAGAUCAACUUAAAUAUAUCAGUGGGUGACGAACAGGUGCUGGUGAAUGACAUCCCUGUAGAGCUGUCGGGGGUCACCAGGUUCACCUGUCAGGCUCUUCUAUUGGACAGCAUAAACGGGAGCAGCGACUUUGAAUCUGGGGACUUGGUGUCGACCGUUACCCGGGUGAUGGUUAGCCAGAACCGCCUGUACAGCGACUCGGAGGAGGUGGUGGCUCUGCAGGUGUUCAGUGAAGUUAUAGAGAUGGAGGGCAAAGAGGUCCAGCAGCCUGAGAUGUGUGAGGUGAAAAUAUUGAUGAGCCCAGAUUUUCAGAAGCUGGCUCAGUUCACCAAUAUCUACCCCAUCGGACACAGCGAGAUCUUCAGGGUUCCCCGGGAGAACGAUGUUGUCGUCACAGAUCCACCAAAUCGUAGAAAAGACGAAGAACAGCUGAUUUCUCAGACCACCAGCCAGUACUCCCUGAAGCAAACAGAGACCACCCAGGAGGAGAUUGCAGCGCCGGGGAAGCUCCCAGAGACUCCCCUCCGAAUGGACCCCGACCUGCUGUACGAUGUCAGAUAUGAUGAUGAAUUUGAAGAUAGAGAGACGAGCCAGACCGAUCCAAUUCAGAUGGAGUCUCCGCCAAAAGAACUCGUAUCGUCUUACUCUGCCAUGUGUCAGUGGGUGGAGGAGGUGAGAGAGCGUCUGAGGCGCUUUUGCUCUGAGUCACUUCCUCUGUUCUUCCUGGUCAUGUGGGUGGUGGUGAUCGGCGUCGUUGGAUCAGCGGUCAUCGUCAAGAUCUUGGACAUGUUCUUCCCAGCUUGUGAACACAAGCACAUUUUCCACAUAAACCCCGCCACUCUGAUGCCAGAGGAGGAGAAGCACAACCUUCUGGAGAGCAUCGAAAUGGAAGCAGAGGAAGACGAGAAGAAGCCUUGAGUGAGGAUUGACCUCGCAAGCUCCGUUAAUUUUUUUCAGUUUGUUCUUAUUCGUUCUUUCACCGCGGUUACUGUUAUGUCGUUAGCAUGGCCUGGUUUUGAUGGCAGCUUCACUUCUUCCUUUAAAAACAACUUGUAGAAAAAAAGGACGUGUUUUCAGCCACCCGAUUGACCUGAAUGAUUUAGUUGGUGAGUUGCUAGUCGAGGGAAAGGUUUGUAGGAUGUUUCUCCAGUUGGGUCUCUAAUGAUGUCAGCUGUCACAGCACUGUUUCAGGGUUGAGCUGUGGUACGCCCGCACUGCGUGUACCAGCUCGUAGUUUACACGUCAAACUUUUUAAAACGAGACAGAGUUCAAGGCUAGCCACUUUAUUUAAUCACCGCUCUUUUUUCCCUUGCCUUUUAAAGAAACAAAUCCCUUUUAACUGGAAAAUUACCCUAAGUACUUUUUCCUUUACUCACUUUAAACACAUGACACUGCUAUGUGGCGUUCCUUUAGAGAUGGUUAAAAAAACGAUCUCACCUCAAGGUCCUCUUGUAGCCGUUCUUCAUGCAUGAUUACACGUUUUGAACUUUCUGCUUUUGAAGGCGAAGGUCAACUUAUUGAGCAGGCAUCUUCCUUUCUUGCCGAGGGUUUCUCUGCAUUCACACGCUCCUCCUUUUCCAAAUCUGGUGAAUAUGAGCUUCAAGUCAUAACGUGAAAACGACUCGUUCACUACAAGCAACAUGUGUUUUCUUUUCUAUAGCUCAGAAAUAAUCCAGAUUAAUCCAUGCAGACAGCAACGUCUGAACUGUUACAACCUUUGUUUCAAACUAAUUAUAAACAAUAAAAUACUCAAAAUGUAAAAAUGA